GGCGCAAGGGGAGGGAUUUCCCUCAAAGCUCAGGGUCUGGGGACCUGGAAAGCAGAAGUGGAGGGAUUCAAUUCUCCGCGCGACUAAGUCGCAGCGGCGGAGCUGGACCGGCUGGGACGGCUUAGGCUCCUCCGCUGAGGCUCCAGCCAAGACCGCGCCGCUCAACUUUGCCAUCCUUCUGGCCCAGCCCCAGCCACAGGAGGACCCCGCAGGCAGCGCGCGGAGUUCCUGGCACUUUCAGACGGUGUCUCUCGUUGUCUGCCCGGGGACUGACUUCGCAUGCUCUCAGGCUGACCUGUCCAAGCCUGAACACCCGGACCAUGCACGCAGCCGGGACUCCCGGGUUAUCCUCGCGCGGGACAGGCAACUCCACCAGCUUUCAACCAGGACUGCCGCCGCCGCCUCGGCUGCUGCUACUGCUGUUGCUGCUUCUCCUGUCACUGGUAAGCCGCGUCCCGGCACAGCCCGCUGCCUUCGGCGGGGCGUUGCUGUCCCCUGGUCUCGUGGGGGCUGCAGGGGUCCCUGCUGAGGAGGCCACAGUGCUGGCGAACCGCGGACUCCGGGUGCCUUUCGGCCGUGAAGUCUGGCUGGAUCCCCUGCGUGACCUGGUGUUGCAGGUGCAGCCCGGGGACCGCUGCGCGGUUUCGGUGCUAGACAACGACGCACUGGCCCAGCGACCCGGCCGCCUGAGUCCCAAGCGCUUCCCUUGCGACUUUGGCCCUGGCGAGGUGCGCUACUCGCACCUGGGCGCGCGCAGCCCGUCUCGGGACCGCGUCCGGCUGCAGCUGCGCUACGACGCGCCCGGAGGGGCGGUAGUGCUACCACUGGUGCUGGAGGUGGAGGUGGUCUUCACCCAGCUGGAGGUUGUGACUCGGAACUUGCCUCUGGUCGUGGAAGAACUGCUGGGGACCAGCAAUGUCUUGGAUGCGCGGAGCCUGGAGUUCGCCUACCAGCCCGAGACAGAGGUGUGUCGCGUGGGCAUCCUGUCUGGCUUGGGCGCGCUGCCUCGCUAUGGAGAGCUCCUUCACUACCCGCAGGUCCCUGGAGGAGCCAGAGAGGGAGGCGCCCUGGAGCCUGUCCUGAUGGACUGCAAAGCUUUCCAGGAGUUAGGGGUGCGCUACCGCCACACGGCAGCCAGUCGCUCACCAAACAGGGACUGGAUACCCAUGAUGGUGGAGCUGCGUUCGCGAGGGGCUCCUGUGGGCAGCCCUGCUUUGAAACGCGAGCACUUCCAGGUGCUGGUGAGGAUCCGAGGAGGGGCCGAGAACACUGCACCCAAGCCCAGUUUUGUGGCCAUGAUGAUGAUGGAGGUGGACCAGUUUGUACUGACAGCCCUGACCCCAGACAUGCUGGCAGCCGAGGAUGCCGAGUCUCCCCCAGACCUGUUGAUCUUCAACCUCACCUCUCCAUUCCAGCCUGGCCAGGGCUACUUGGUAAGCACCGAUGAUCGCAGCCUGCCCCUUUCCUCCUUCACCCAGAGGGAUCUGCGCCUCCUAAAGAUUGCCUAUCAGCCCCCCUCUGAAGACUCCGACCAGGAGCGUCUCUUUGAACUGGAAUUGGAGGUAGUGGAUCCAGAAGGAGCAGCUUCAGACCCUUUUGCCUUCAUGGUAGUGGUGAAGCCCAUGAACACAAUGGCUCCGGUGGUCACCCGGAAUACUGGGCUUAUUCUCUAUGAGGGUCAGUCUCGACCCCUCACAGGCCCUGCAGGCAGUGGUCCGCAAAACUUGGUCAUCAGCGAUGAGGAUGACCUAGAAGCAGUGCGGCUGGAAGUGGUGGCUGGGCUCCGGCAUGGUCACCUUGUCAUUCUGGGUGCUUCCAGGGGCAGCUCUGCUCCCAAGAGCUUUACAGUGGCUGAGCUGGCAGCUGGCCAGGUGGUCUACCAGCAUGAUGACAGAGAUGGCUCACUGAGUGAUAACCUGGUGCUUCGCAUGGUGGAUGGAGGAGGCAGGCACCAGGUACAAUUUCUGUUUCCCAUCACCUUAGUGCCUGUGGAUGACCAGCCACCUGUCCUCAAUGCCAACACGGGGCUGACACUGGCAGAGGGUGAAACAGUGCCCAUCCUGCCCCUUUCCCUGAGUGCAACUGACAUGGAUUCAGAUGAUUCUCUGCUCCUUUUUGUGCUGGAAUCACCCUUCUUAACUACUGGGCAUCUGCUUCUCCGCCAAACUCACCCUCCCCAUGAGGAACAGGAGCUUCUCAGGGGCCUUUGGAGGAAGCAGGGAGCAUUUUAUGAGCGAACAGUGACAGAGUGGCAGCAGCAGGACAUAACAGAGGGCAGGCUGUUCUAUAGACACUCCGGGCCCCAUAGUCCUGGGCCAGUCACAGACCAGUUCACAUUUAGAGUCCAGGAUAACCAUGACCCUCCUAAUCAGUCUGGGCUACAGCGGUUUGUGAUACGUAUCCAUCCUGUGGAUCGCCUCCCUCCAGAGCUGGGCAGUGGCUGUCCCCUUCGUAUGGUGGUACAGGAAUCCCAGCUCACACCACUAAGGAAGAAGUGGCUGCGCUACACUGACCUAGACACAGAUGACCGAGAACUACGUUACACAGUGACUCAGCCCCCCACAGACACAGAUGAAAACCACUUGCCAGCCCCACUGGGUACCUUGGUCCUGACUGACAACCCCUCAGUCGUGGUGACCCAUUUUACCCAAGCCCAGAUCAACCAUCAUAAAAUUGCUUACAGACCCCCGGGUCAAGAACUGGGCGUGGCUACUCGAGUGGCCCAGUUCCAGUUCCAGGUGGAAGACCGAGCUGGGAAUGUGGCUGCAGGCACAUUUACCGUUUACUUGCAGCCCGUGGACAACCAGCCACCUGAGAUCCUCAACACUGGCUUCACUGUUCAGGGGAAGGGUCAACACAUCCUGAGUGAGACAGAGUUGCAUGUGAAUGAUGUAGACACUGAUGUCGCCCAUAUAUCUUUCACUCUCACACAGGCACCCAAACAUGGCCACAUGAGAGUGUCUGGACAGAUCCUGCAUGUAGGGGGUCUCUUCCACUUGGAGGACAUAAAACUGGGCCGAGUUUCCUAUGCCCACAAUGGGGACAAGUCCCUAACCGAUAGCUGCUCCUUGGAAGUCAGCGACAGACAUCAUGUGGUGCCCAUCACUCUCAGAGUGAAUGUCCGGCCAGUGGACGAUGAGGUGCCGGUACUGAGCCAUCCUACUGGCACACUGGAGUCCUAUCUAGAUGUCUUAGAAAAUGGGGCUACUGAAAUCACUGCCAAUGUUAUUAAGGGGACCAGUGAGGAAACUGUUGACUUGAUGUUGACUUUUCUCUUGGAAGAUCCACCUUUGUAUGGGGAAAUCUUGGUCAGUGGCAUUCCAGCAGAGCAGUUUACUCAAAGGGACAUCUUAGAGGGCUCCGUUGUAUAUGCCCACACCAGUGGUGAGAUAGGCCUUUUGCCUAAAGCAGAUUCUUUUAACCUGAGUCUGUCAGAUAGGUCUCAAGAAUGGAGAAUUGGUGGCAAUACUAUCCAAAGAGUUACUAUAUGGGUGACUAUCUUGCCUGUCGAUAGCCACGCUCCAGAAAUCUCUGUAGGUGAACAGUUUAUGGUAAUGGAAGGUGAUAAAAGUGCUAUAACAUCGUUGCAUAUAAGUGCUGAAGAUAUUGAUUCCCUGAAUGAUGACAUCUUGUGCACUAUAGUUAUUCAACCUACUUCAGGUUAUGUUGAGAACAUAUCUCCAGCACCAGGCUCUGAGAAAUCAAGAGCAGGGAUUGCAAUAAGUGCUUUUAAUUUGAAAGAUCUCAGGCAGGGCCACAUAAACUACGUCCAGAGUGUCCAUAAAGGGGUGGAACCUGUAGAGGACCGAUUUAUAUUUCGUUGUUCUGAUGGCAUUAACUUUUCAGAGAGACAGUUCUUCCCCAUUGUAAUCAUUCCCACCAACGAUGAACAGCCAGAGAUGUUUAUGAGAGAAUUUAUGGUGAUGGAAGGCAUGAGUCUGGUCAUCGAUACACCCAUUCUCAAUGCUGCUGAUGCUGAUGUUCCCCUGGAUGAUUUAACUUUCACUAUUACCCAAUUCCCCACUCAUGGUCACAUUAUGAAUCAGCUGAUAAAUGGCACGGUGUUGGUCAAAAGCUUCACCUUGGACCAGAUCAUAGAGAGUUCCAGCAUUAUUUAUGAGCAUGAUGACUCUGAGACUCAGGAAGACAGUGCUGUGAUUAAACUAACAGAUGGGAAGCACUCUGUGGAAAAGAUGGUCCUCAUUAUGGUUAUCCCUGUUGAUGAUGAGACACCCAGAAUGGCUAUCAAUAAUGGACUAGAAAUAGAAAUUGGGGAAACCAAGAUCAUCAACAACAAAAUAUUAAUGGCAACAGAUUUAGAUUCAGAAGACAAAUCUUUGGUUUAUAUUAUUCGUUAUGGGCCAGGACACGGCUUAUUACAGAGACGAAAACCUAGUGGUGCCUUUGAAAAUAUCACACUGGGCAUGAAUUUUACCCAGGAUCAAGUAGACAGAAAUUUAAUUCAGUAUGUCCAUUUGGGGCAAGAAGGCAUUCGGGACCUAAUUAAAUUUGAUGUGACUGAUGGAAUAAAUGCCCUCAUAGAUCGUUACUUUUAUGUGUCCAUCGGGAGCAUUGACAUUGUCUUCCCUGAUGUCAUAAGUAAGGGAGUGUCCUUGAAAGAAGGUGGCAAGGUCACUCUCACAACAGACCUACUAAGCACUAGUGACUUGAACAGUCCUGAUGAAAACUUGGUUUUUACCAUCACCAGGGCUCCCAUGAGAGGUCACCUGGAGUGCACAGAUCAGCCUGGAGUGUCCAUCACAUCUUUCACUCAGCUGCAACUGGCUGGAAACAAAAUCCACUACAUCCACACAGCUGAUGAUGAAGUGAAGAUGGACAGUUUUGAGUUUCAAGUCACUGAUGGACAUAACCCUGUCUUUCGGACAUUCCGUAUCUCCAUUAGUGAUGUGGACAAUAAAAAGCCAGUGAUCACCAUCCACAACCUGGUCGUCAGUGAAAGUGAACAUAAGCUGAUUACUCCCUUUGAACUUACUGUGGAAGACAGAGACACUCCUGACAGGCUCCUGAAAUUCACUAUCACUCAGGUGCCUAUUCAUGGCCAUCUCCUAUUCAACAAUACCAGACCUGCCAUGGUUUUUACCAAGCAAGACUUGAAUGAAAACUUAAUCAGCUACAAACAUGAUGGUACCGAGUCAAGUGAAGAUAGCUUCUCCUUCACAGUGACUGAUGGCACCCAUACAGACUUCUACGUUUUUCCCAAUACCGUAUUUGAAACAAGGAGACCCCAAGUGAUGAAGAUCCAGGUCUUAGCUGUUGACAACAGUGUCCCCCAAAUCACAGUGAAUAAGGGGGCCUCUACACUUCGCACUCUAGCCACUGGCCACUUGGGGUUCAUGAUCACCAGCAAAAUAUUGAAAGUGGAGGACAGAGACAGCCUACACGUUUCUCUGAGGUUUAUUGUGACAGAGGCCCCUCAACAUGGAUAUCUCCUCAACCUGGACAAAGGCAACCACAGCAUCACUCAGUUUACCCAAGCUGACAUUGAUGACAUGAAAAUAUGCUAUGUCUUAAGAGGUGGGGCUGAUGCCACAAGCGAUAUGUUCUAUUUUGCAGUUGAAGAUGGUGGUGGAAACAAGUUAACCAACCAGCAGUUUCGUCUGAAUUGGGCAUGGAUCUCCUUCGAAAAGGAAUAUUACCUGAUCAAUGAGGACUCCAAAUUUCUAGAUGUCAUUCUUAAACGCAGAGGUUACUUGGGAGAAACUUCUUUUAUAAGUAUUGGUACAAGAGAUGGGACUGCAGAAAAAGACAAAGACUUCAAGGGCAAAGCACAGAAACAAGUACAGUUCAACCCGGGCCAGACGAGGGCCACGUGGCGAGUGCGGAUCCUGAGUGACGGGGAGCACGAGCAGUCCGAAACCUUUCAGGUGGUCCUCUCGGAGCCCGUGCUGGCUGCCCUGGAAUUCCCCACAGUGGCCACUGUUGAGAUUAUUGACCCAGGAGAUGAAUCAACUGUAUUUAUUCCCCAGUCCAAAUACUCCAUUGAAGAAGAUGUUGGUGAGCUGUUCAUUCCCAUCAGGAGGAGCGGAGAUGGGAGCCAGGAGUUAAUGGUGCUCUGUUAUACCCAACAAGGAACAGCAACUGGAACUGUGCCAACUUCUGUGUUAUCUUACUCUGAUUACAUAUCCAGGCCUGAGGACCACACCAGUGUUGUCCGCUUUGACAAAGAUGAACGGGAGAAACUGUGUCGGAUAGUCAUAAUUGACGACUCCUUGUAUGAGGAGGAGGAAACCUUCCAUGUCCUUCUGAGCAUGCCCAUGGGAGGGAGAAUCGGAUCAGAGUUCCCAGGGGCUCAGGUUACAAUCCUUCCUGACAAAGACGAUGAACCCAUCUUCUACUUCAGUGAUGUGGAAUACUCUGUGGAUGAGAAUGCUGGUUCCGUGGAAGUGCGGGUGUGGAGAAUGGGCACGGACCUGUCCAAGUCUUCUAGUGUCACAGUGAGAUCUCGGAAAACAGAUCCUCCCUCUGCAGAGGCUGGAACAGACUAUGUGGGCAUCAGCCGUAAUUUAGAUUUUGCACCUGGAGUCAACAUGCAGCCUGUUCGUGUUGUCAUUCUGGAUGAUCUAGGACAACCAGUGCUGGAGGGAAUUGAGAAAUUUGAACUGGUGCUGCGUAUGCCUAUGAAUGCAGCCCUCGGGGAGCCCAGCAAAGCCACAGUGUCCAUAAAUGAUUCUGUCUCCGAUUUACCUAAGAUGCAAUUCAAAGAACGAAUAUAUACUGGCAGUGAAAGUGAUGGGCAGAUAGUUACAAUGAUCCAUAGGAGUGGGGAUGUCCAGUACAGAUCUUCAGUGAGAUGCUACACCCGGCAGGGGUCUGCACAGGUGAUGAUGGACUUUGAAGAACGCCCAAACACUGAUAUCUCCAUCAUUACAUUCCUCCCUGGUGAGACAGAAAAGCCUUGCAUCCUUGAGCUGAUGGAUGACGUGCUCUAUGAGGAGGUCGAGGAACUCCGCCUGGUCCUCGGCACGCCACAAAGCAACUCUCCCUUUGGGGCUGCAGUUGGUGAACAAAACGAAACUCUCAUAAGGAUCCAAGAUGAUGCUGAUAAGGCUGUUAUUAAAUUUGGAGAAACCAAAUUUAGUGUCACUGAACCCAAAGAACCUGGAGAGUCAGUGGUUAUAAGAAUUCCAGUGAUUCGCCAAGGAGACACUUCAAAGGUUUCCAUCGUGAGAGUCCACACCAAGGAUGGUUCUGCCACCUCUGGAGAAGACUACCACCCUGUGUCAGAAGAAAUUGAGUUUAAGGAAGGAGAAACCCAGCACGUGGUUGAAAUCGAAGUUAUCUUUGAUGAGGUGAGAGAGAUGAGAGAGGCCUUCACUGUUCACCUAAAGCCUGAUGAAAAUAUGAUAGCAGAGACGCAGGUGACUAAAGCCAUUGUGUAUAUAGAAGAAAUGAGCAGCAUGGCAGAUGUCACUUUUCCUUCUGUCCCUCAAAUUGUGUCCCUGUUGAUGUAUGAUGACACUUCCAAAGCUAAGGAGACUGCUGGACCCGUGUCUGGCUAUCCUGUCAUCUGUGUCACAGCUUGCAACCCCAAAUAUUCAGAUUACGAUAAAACAGGUUCUAUCUGUGCAAGUGAGAACAUCAAUGACACUUUGACCCGGUAUCGGUGGCUGAUUAGUGCACCCGCGGGCCCUGAUGGUGUGACCAGCCCUAUGAGAGAAGUGGACUUCGACACCUUUUUUACAUCAUCCAAGAUGGUCACGCUGGACUCCAUAUACUUUCAGCCUGGCUCCCGGGUGCAGUGUGCGGCUCGUGCUGUGAACACCAACGGGGAGGAAGGCCUGGAGCUCAUGAGCACUAUCGUAACCAUAAGCAGAGAAGAAGGUCUUUGUCAGCCCCGUGUACCUGGGGUUGUUGGGGCGGAGCCGUUCUCAGCUAAAUUGCGCUACACAGGUCCUGAGGACCCAGACUACACAAACCUUAUCAAGCUCACUGUCACGAUGCCGCACAUAGACGGCAUGCUUCCUGUGAUCUCCACUAGAGAGCUUUCCAACUUUGAGCUCACCCUCAGCCCUGAUGGCACAAGAGUUGGAAACCACAAGUGCUCCAACCUCCUAGAUUAUACUGAAGUGAAGACUCAUUAUGGUUUCUUGACUGAUGCUACCAAAAAUCCGGAAAUAAUUGGCGAGACAUAUCCUUACCAGUACAGCUUAUCUAUCAGAGGUUCCAAUACCUUACGCUUCUACCGAAACCUGAACCUAGAGGCCUGUUUAUGGGAGUUCGUUAGCUACUAUGACAUGUCAGAACUCCUUGCUGACUGUGGUGGCACCAUUGGAACAGAUGGACAGGUCCUAAACCUAGUACAGUCCUAUGUGACCCUUCGAGUCCCCCUGUAUGUUUCCUACGUGUUCCAUUCCCCCGUGGGGAUAGGAGGCUGGCAGCAUUUUGACUUGAAAUCAGAGCUUCGUCUGACUUUUGUGUAUGACACUGCCAUCUUGUGGAAUGAUGGGAUUGGCAGCCCCCCAGAGGCUGAACUUCAAGGUUCCCUCUAUCCAACCAGCAUGAGGAUCGGUGACGAGGGGCGCUUGGCCGUGCACUUCAAAACAGAGGCUCAGUUCCAUGGCUUAUUCGUGUUGUCACAUCCCGCAUCCUUUACAAGCUCAGUGAUCAUGUCAGCGGAUCAUCCGGGCCUGACAUUUUCCCUCCGCCUCAUAAGGAGUGAACCAACCUAUAACCAGCCAGUACAGCAGUGGAGCUUUGUCUCUGACUUUGCCGUACGUGACUACUCCGGGACCUAUACAGUGAAGCUGCUGCCAUGCACUGCCCCAUCACAUCAGGAAUACAGCCUGCCAGUCACAUGCAACCCCAGAGAGCCUGUCACCUUUGACCUUGACAUCCGAUUCCAACAGGUCAGUGAUCCAGUGGCCGCUGAGUUUAGCUUGAACACCCAAAUGUACCUGCUCUCUAAGAAGAGUCUCUGGUUGUCUGAUGGCUCCAUGGGAUUCGGGCAAGAGAGUGAUGUUGCUUUUGCAGAAGGUGAUAUAAUUUAUGGUCGUGUCAUGGUGGAUCCUGUCCAGAACCUGGGUGACUCCUUUUUCUGCAGCAUUGAGAAGGUGUUUCUAUGCACUGGAGCCGAUGGCUAUGUUCCCAAGUAUAGUCCAACGAAUGCAGAAUACGGCUGCUUAGCCGACUCUCCUUCAAUCUUAUAUAGAUUUAAAAUUGUGGACAAAGCUCAGCCAGAGACACAAGCUACCAGUUUUGGAAAUGUCCUAUUUAAUGCCAAACUAGCAGUGGAUGACCCUGAAGCUAUUCUCUUAGUGAAUCAGCCUGGAUCUGAUGGAUUUAAAGUCGACUCAACACCCCUCUUUCAGGUUGCUCUGGGCCGAGAAUGGUACAUACAUACGAUCUAUACAGUGAGAUCAAAAGAUAAUGCCAAUCGAGGUAUUGGCAAGAGAAGCGUGGAGUAUCAUUCUCUGGUGAGUCAAGGAAAGCCCCAAGCCACCACCAACAGCCGGAAGAAGAGAGAGAUCAGGAACACACCCUCGCUGGCAUGGGAGAUUGGUGCUGAAAACAAUCUGGGAACAAACAUCCAGCACAUUGCCCUGGACCGCACCAAGAGGCAGAUCCCCCACGGGAAAGUACCUCUGGAUGGCAUCCUUCCCCGGGAGCUCAACAGCCCCAGCUCUGCAGUCAGCCUAGUCACUGUGGUGGGAGGCAUCGCUGUAGGGUUACUCACCAUCUGCCUCACUGUCAUUGCAGUACUGAUGUGCAGGGGCAAGGAAAGUUUCAGGGGGAAGGAUGCCCCAAAAGGCUCCAGCAGCAGCGAGCCCAUGGUGCCCCCACAGGACCAUCACAAUGACAGCUCAGAAGUUUGAUGACAUCACACAGGUAAAAUGCAACCUUUUCCUUAAGUGCCUAAGAAAAGACCACAAUGGAACCCUAAAUACUUCUGGUAAACCUUAGAGAAUGGAGGACAUCUGUGACAAAGCUGCUCAGAGAACAUGAGUGUACUAAUGUACUUUGAUUUGAAUUCUUCAUACUCUUUUAUGCAUCAAAGGACAAAUUAAGACAUCUUUCCUCUUGCCCAGAAGGCAGCAACGGUGUACUCACAUGUACACAGAGCCAUGGAUAGAUGGUGUGGAAUGUACUCCUCAUUUUAGACAUAUUCUCUAUGCAGUGGAGAUAAACCUAUUAAAAGGUGUUAACAGACUCUCUUACAAGUGUAAGAGGAGUCUAUUGUCACUAUGUUAGUGUGAAUGUUGAAGGUGCAAUUAUCACAUUGUUUAUUCAUUGUAUAACAGAUUAUUACUAGAAAGGUUUUCAUUGCUAGUCUGGAAAAAUGGUGAACACAGUGUUUAUUAUGACAAGUUUUCAAAUAGGUGAAGACAGCAUAGAAUUAUGACCGGGGUGGCUCAACCCACAAAUCAACUGAUCUACUACUUAGGACACAGUGGAAGGAAAGACAGAGGGAAGGAAGUUCACCCACUUGAAUUUGAAUUGCUUCUCAUUCUCCUCAGACUCUCCUUGUUUUAUUUGCCUAUUUAAUUUUAAAUUAAACCAAAGAAUAUGUUAAUUCUGGAAGAGAUUUUUAAGAGAGACGGCUCUGUUUUGGCAUGUAGUGAGUAACAGUAGAGCUCUUGUGUGGUAAUAUACCUUACUGGUGCUCAACAUUUGUGGGAAAUUAGAGGGUGAUGUGGGAAAUUAGUGAUUUCUUCAUCACUUUUUGGUGAUGAAGAAAUGCCACAGAGUUAAGAGUCACUACAAGACAAUGUUCUUUAAGAACAGAGGCUAGAUGUUUGCAGUAUUGAACCCAUAAAGGAUAAUGAGAAACAUUAUUACAGAUGGUGAAGGGAGAAAGUGGUAUUUAUUAAUAUAAUGUGUAUAAUCAGAGUGCCUCUUAUACAUACUUAAUAGAAUAAAGGAACAUUUUGACAGAUGACAGAUGAGGUUAUCCCUCAGAGUAGCAUAAUCACACAAUAACAUUUAGAACUUAAAUUGGCCACGGGACAUUUUAUUAGCUUUCUAUGCAGCAUCUGGUCCAAACAAUGGGAAUCUCUGCAACUGUCAUUCCAGAAAUCGUACUGGAGGUGGCCAGAAUCAUUGAUCAUAUUCUUCUUUGAUUCAAGAAGAUGUCACUCUGGCAUCCCCAAUUCAGUGAACUGGUGCAAUGUAAUCCCUCUCGGUAUUUAAAAAUAUAACUUGUAACCGUGCUUAUCAUUCACCUCACAAAGCCAGGGAACUUAAGUGAGCUUGCUUGGCAAGCCUCCCAUUGCCUUUCUGCAUCCAUGUGUUUUUUACCAACUAGCAGAAAUUUUGCUCAGAAAGGGAAACUUCAGUAUCUUAAUGAGCUGUUUUCCGUAAGCUAAUAAACAUGUUUCAAAGAAAAAUAAGGUCAGGAGAAAAAGAAUAAUGCCUAAAGAUUAUCCUUCAAAUGCUGGCUAGAAUCCCCUUUCACUUCUAGCUAUAAACUGGCUACAUUGGACAGCUUUGCCGCUGCAGAUUUAUAAAAGGCAAACUUCUCAGAUCAGAUGUGCACAUCUUAAUUUGGUGCCUGUAAGUAUCAACCAUUUCUUGAUCAAGAUAAAGAAGUGACACUCUUACUGAGAGAGAGGAAACAUGUCUGACAGUUGCCUUUCUUCUUUUAGGCCGCUCUGAACUUCAUAUUCAGUCUUUUAAAAAAUAGAUUGUAGUAUCCCUUCAUUGGAGAAUUUACAAAUGUCACCUACAUUUCAAAAGUCCCACUAAUGGCUUAUACAAACAAAGGUACUGUGUAGCCCAGGAGUUUAUUUACCAAGAUAAAUAGUGGUAAUGUCUUAAUCAUCCCCCUUUCCUUUGCUUUACUUUCUGGCAGAUGCUUAACUACUAUUUUGGCUACCUCAUAAUUUGUAUGGGAAUGAACAUGAAUUAGGGAGCUUCAAACAGUGCAUGGACUUUUCACUACUUACCAUUGGGUUCAACUGAUGUAGACUGUUAGAUCAAGUAUACUCAAUCAGCUCGCUGAUAUUUCAGUAGUUAAGAGCUUCUGAGCCUAUCAUGCAAUUUUGGAGUAUGUGUCAAUGAAUAUAGUGAUCGGCGAAGCAUUACUAUAGAAGUCUGUUUUGAGCCUUUGGGGCAGGCUGGUUUUAUAUCAAAUUUCACUCCUCAAUGCAUAUCAGGCUACUGUAUAUAAAUUGGAGAGCUUAUAAAAUGCAGAACAUUUCUAUCCUAUCCUACCAAAUAAAAAUGUAUCCUUCUCUGUCCAUCUGUUCUCUACUCUCUCCUCCCUUUUUUUCCUUCCCUUUAUUUCCUUGAAAAAAGAAAGUCUGUGGGAAACAGGCAGAUACAGCUUUUUAAAGUAUAAAGUGCUUGGAAUUUUGCAUCAUUUACUUAAUAUCUAUUUACUAAAUAUGUAAUUUAAUAUACAUUAAUUAUCUUUUGAAACUUUUUAGUGGGAAGAAUAAGAUAAUUUUUUUGUUAAAUAAUAUCGACCCUUAUUUUUAGCAUUUUGUCUUUAGAGAACUAUUCUGGUACUAACAGAACAAAUACAUAAAAUAACUUCCCAUAGAGAACAGGGUAUAGCAAUAAUAGCUCCUUAACACUCAGUGGCUUCUGACUCUCAUCAAGGUCUUGUUGAUACUAUAUAGCAAAAACAAAACCAAAAAUAAAUACUAUACUAGUAGCUCUCCUAAGCAUAUAAAUCAUAAGGCAUUGACAUGUGUAUUUUAAUGAUGAUUUUAUCUGUUCCCGUUUUUGUCCUUAGUUAACAUUUACUGAUGCUCAUCUAGGAUCAGCUAUUCUGAGAGACUGCAUAGAAACCAAGCUCCACUUCUUGUCCUUGGGCAGGUUAUAACUGAAUGCAGCUCUUUAUUUGGACUAACGUGUCAGGAUUUGCAUUAGAUUCUCUCCUGAACCAAAAACACAACAGUCCUAUCUGUAAACCACAAUUUAAAAAUCUUUCUAGAAUAACAACAGUAGAGUCCACUCUUGUUUAUCUGAAAGAGCCCUGCAUGUUAUGGAUCAUCUUGAUGACAGAUUUAUACAAAAUGAUUCAAACCAGUAACUUUAUAAAAUUGACCUUUGCAAACCCACACAGGGGAGGGCCCUGCAGAGCUGUGGGUGGCACUGCAUAUUCUUUUACUCUUGUGAAAGAUAGGCCCACUUUAUUCCAAGAAUAACAUGUAGCACAUAAACUCUUCUUCCAGUUCGUUAGCAGCAUUAGCACCUUCUGAAGUCCACCCUCUCAGAAGAAUCCACAAUGUUUGAACAAUAUGCGUAAAGGUCAGCUAGCAUCCUGCUGCCAAGCCACUGUAUAGCAUUUGUGAUGAGACGGACCAACUCUAGGCUCAGUAUGGAGCGAUUUAGUUCUGCAAGCAGCAAAA